UCUUAAAUCUUGAAUCUUGUCAAUAACACCUAAGAAAUUUCAAGAUUCUGGCGUUGACCGCGCACCGCGGCGAGGUCCCUGUUUCUUGCUAGAUUAUUUCUCCUCCUUUUCUAUCUAUCAUCCUGAAAAAUAAUUCUUCCCACCUUUUCUUCUUUUUAUUUUGGAAGUAGUCAAGUGUCAGUAUUUGGACAAGAUGUUUGUCCUCAAGAAUGUUGGCAAGCUCAUCUUUGGCAGCAGUAGCCAGGAAUCUAUGAUCGAGCUGCCCCAAGGCCAACUCUACCUUGUCCGACCUUUAUCCCCCAAAGGAUACUCCGAACUCAUCUUCAAGGACGCCACUGCCCGCAUCCGUCGAACCGGUCAAGAUUACCAAUAUCAACUUGUCGUACAACGAGUUUACGAAGAAGGUGAAGCCGAACUAGCAGAUGACGAAGGCGAAGACGAAGAACUCAACGCUCUAGCCGCCGAGAAAGACGAAAAGACCUUCCUACUUGACGAAGCCCUUCACUUCCGCGUCGAAAGUAGGGAAGGUUCACAAAAGGUUCUUGCCUGGAAAGAUUUGAGUGGGGACGUUGGGGACGUUUACGAGUUCGUCUGCGAUAUAUCAACUAAGUCCGCACAAGUCGAAUCAUUCGAGCGCAUUGCGAGGCAGUGCCAAUACGAGCGCAAGUAUCGGAAACCACACUCCACCGCAUCCGCCGCCGACCUCCAACAAUUCGACUUCGAGGAGCAGCCUAUUCCCCAAGCAAGCCCAAUCCAUAGCCCCACUCUCGCCCGAUCCAUCGACUCCUCGGACGCUAUGUUUCAGCUAAAAACCGAGGCGAAUGUCAGUGCAAAGCGAGAUAGAGUAAAACGGGAUAGUCUCAAGCGCGACAGCGUACCAUCCACCUCUUCUGUACUUGCGGAACCGGAACCUGAGCCCUACGAAGAAGAUGAAGGAUCUACGGGGCAAUCUGCCAAACAGGCCGAGCCACCUAGGCCCCCACCCCAACCCGAACCGCUGGAGAUCCUGUCGAUGGAAAUCGGCGAGCUUCACUUCUUUGACUUCGCCUCGGGGGCGUUUGUCAUCCAAGACACAUCUGUCACCGCUCAGGUUUCCGAUAUUGGUAAUUGGAACUACUGGCUGCACAUCGCUAGCAAAGACCGACAAUGGCUCGGAAUCCCAGUCAUCGCCGACAUAAACCCCGUGUUCAACUUCGAAUUCCUCUCUUUUAUCUUCAACCAGUUCACCGAGGAUGGUUCUGCCUAUUCAUGGCUACUAAGGUUCAAGGAUAACAAGACACUCGAGAGAUUCCAAGACGGCCUUAUGAGAGCACUUUGGGAACAGCUCAACGAAACGAAGUGGAAUAAGGUCAAAGAACAAGAUCGUCAAUAUGUCUUAGAUGCGUUCGAAGACUUGAACAUGGAUGAUGCACCGAUUGAAGAGGAGGAAGAAGAGCCCGAGGUCGAGGAGGAGCAGGAGGAUGAUGCACCCCAAAGCGAGCAUUACGACAGCGAUGAAGAACAAGAAGAUGUUGAGACCGAGCCGAAAGAUACCUAUACCAACUCCGCACUAGCCGUCGGUUACAAGCACGACCGUUCCUUUGUUGUUCGGGGUCCCAAGAUCGGUGUAUUCAAGCACACACCCAAGAACCACUUGGAAUUCACCACCAAUAUUUCCAAGGUCGAGACUCCCAAGGGCGCUUCUUUCGUCCCCAAAAAAGUCAUGUUGCAUAACGAGGAUCGCAACUUGAUUUUGCAGAAUGACACCGAUCCUAACAAACUGUACCGAAUGGAUCUUGAGUACGGAAAGGUUGUGGACGAGUGGAAUGUUCACGACGACAUCCCGGUUGUUACUUUUGCGCCCGAGAACAAGUUCGCACAAAUGACCCAUGAGCCGACUUUCCUUGGUAUUUCUCGCAAUGCCCUCUUCCGUGUCGAUCCUCGUCUAUCUGGUAACAAGCUCGUCGACUCCCAGCUCAAGCAAUACGUUUCAAAGAACGACUUUUCUGCAGUAUCUACUACGGAGAAGGGAUAUGUUGCGGUCGCUUCCAACAAGGGUGAUAUUCGACUUUUUGAUCGUCUAGGUAUUAACGCCAAGACCGUCAUUCCGGCUCUUGGUGAACCUAUUAUCGGUCUUGAUGUUUCCGCUGAUGGUCGCUGGGUUCUUGCGACUUGCCGUACAUACCUGUUGCUCAUCGAUGCGUUACAAACGAAAGGCAAAAACGAAGGAAAGCUUGGUUUCGAGAAGCCAUUCGCUGCGGAUUCUAAGCCCCAACCCCGUCGUCUUGCUCUAACUCCGGAGCAUGUCGCUCAGUUCUAUCACGAAACUGGAAAGGGUGUCUCGUUUACUCCCGCGCGCUUCAACACAAGCAAAUCGAGCGAAGAGACUUCCAUCAUCACCGCCACAGGCCCAUACAUCAUUGACUGGAACCUCGACAAAGUUGUGCACGGAUCCAGGACGCCGUAUAUCAUCAAGCGUUACGAAGACACCGUCAAAGCUGAUGAUUUCAAAUUCGGCACCGACCAGAAUGUUAUUGUCACGUUGCCGAACUGGGUCAACAUGGUGGGCAAGCAGUCCCUCAAGAAACCUACAAGAGAGAGUAUUGCCGGCGAUUUCCAGCGACUGGGUACCCCGAGACGUAGUUCCGCUCGGGUUGGCACGCGAGAAAGCGGACGAUACAAGCUUGGCAAGGACGAGGUGGUCAACUCUCCCUACUGAGAAGAUCGCGGAUAGAAUGAACGGGUACACGAUGCGCGAUUGAUUUUUUGAGUUAUGAGAUUACGGCUAGCACUAGUAUUGAGGGCGAGCUCCUGCUCUUCCUACGAUACAUACCCCCAUUGGCGUUUUAGGGCAGGGAGGAUGGGAUGGUGUUUAUUCGUUCUUAUGGAGACCAGUUGCUUUGGCUUAAGUUGAGAUACCUGUUUCAUCGUCAUAUGGUACUACUGAUUUUCACGUAGGGUUAGAUAGUAAUUGACUACGUCAACAAAC